AUGGCGGUGAUUUUAUGGGUUUAUAGUGGUGUUGUAGGUGUUAUUGGUGGUUUUAUUGUGACUGUUGGCCCCGUGGGAUUAGUCGAGGUGCGUAUAAGCUGGCUCAAGCAUUCACGAUUAAAAAAAAAAAAAAAAAAAGGGACCAGAUGUAGCAUAGGAAUAGAGGAUUUCAUUGGAAGAGAUCUUAUAAAAGUUGAUUUGGGCAAAUGGUUAUCAGAUGUGGAGGAGCACAAAGCUUUGGCUAUCUAUUCCCCUCAUGAAGGAGGGUACGAGGGAUGGUACCUUAACCGGCUUAGGUACCAAGGCUACCAUUUCUUAGACCUCUCCGCUUGCGGUCUUGGUGAUCUUGAGACCACUCUCACCAAGUUUCACCCCGUUUGCCCUUUGAUUUCAGGCUCACACAAGAAACAGCCUAUAGCCAGAUGGUAUUUUCCACCAGAAGUUGAUUACAGGCUCUCUUUGCUUCCACCAAACGCCAAAGGAUUAGUGGUUUGGAUAAUUGAAGCGAAAGUUCUAUCAAAGGCAGAAUUGCAGUUUCUUGCGCUACUUCCGUCACCAAGGCUUAGAGUGAGGGUGAUAGCAGAAUGUGGAAACUGGAAUGCAUUACUAUUCUCUUUUUGCUUUUUGCAUAUUUGA